AUGGAUCCGUUGGAGCAAAGUCAUAUUGCGUUGAGAGGAGAUGUGGACUCGAUGAAAAAUCAGCUAGACCAACUUGUGGAAGCUAUGAUAGCUUUAGAAAAGAGGGAGGACAACAUUCAGCAGACUGCAGUCGUAGAGAAUGUUAUUCCAGCUCCAGUAAAUGGUCCUACCCAACCUCAGCUUGUGCGAACCCCAGUUGAUAACUCUAUUGUACAAGAACAUCAUGUUGUUCAAGAUUCCUCACGUCAUGAUGUUGUUGAGUAUCACAUUUUUGCAUUCUCCGUGCCAGAUUCCCAUGGAACAAGCCUAGUGGUUAAUGCUGAACAAUCACAAGAUGGUGAGAUUGCUAAAAGAUGUUGCGUGUUAGAGAAAAGACUCAAGGCCGUAGAAGGACAAGAUACUCUUGAACUGAAUGCUUUAGACAUGUGUUUGGUACCUGGCCUGGUUAUACCCGCAAAACUCAAAACACCCAAAUUUGAGAAGUACAAAGGGGAUGGACAGCUUAAUUGGGGCAUCAUUAAUUGGUACAUGAAGUUAGAAAGGAAUCAUGUUCAAUCAUGGUUAGACCUAGCUAACGCAUUCUUUGAGCAAUACAAAUAUAAUAUGGACAUAACUCCCGACCGCAUGCAGCUAAGAGCCUUAUCUCAGGAAGACAAUGAAUCCUUCAGAGGGUAUGCCCAAAGAUGGAGAGAGUUAGCGACUCGCGUUGAGCCACCUCUCUUAGACAAAGAAUUGAUGGAAUUAUUUAGGGACACCCUGCAAAGUCCAUACUUCGAAAGGAUGAUUAGCAGUGCAGCAUCAGAAUUCGCUAACUUAGUGACAAUUGGAGAACACAUCGAGAGUGCCCUAAAAAGUGGAAGAAUCCAAGACGCCUCGAGCAACCAAGCUAGCGAGACAGAAUCCCUCAGCGAUUCCCAAAAGGAAGAGGAUGAUGAAAUAAAUGCAUUUAUGGUAGAUGUUGGGUAUUCUCACGAUGCACCAGCCAGACCUUAUGGUUCUUCACCUUCUCAGCAAUCACCAUUUCCAACACCACGUUAUCCUUAUAGGCAACCGGCAAGGCCUAGAACACCAUUCAAGUAA